UUGAACGACUUCUUGUGGAAACGGAUCUAACGUUUUCAUCGGCAUGUGCUAUAUAAGCGUAUGCCACAGUAGUGGACCCACAACAACAUUGCUAGAGCAACAAGCACAGAAAUCCAGCGCUAGCGAGAUUAAAAGAGAAUCCCUAACUUUGAAGUGUCGACCAACAUUUUGCGCACCUGAACUCCAGCAGAACGUUAUUCCAAUAUUGAAGACCUGAUCAUAGCAGAUUUGCUGAAGAUAACAACCACAGUUCAUCACCAAAACCCGCUUCUGUAGACGCUCAAAGUUCUUUCCUACCAACACUCCAAUAGACGAGGCAAACAUGGCAGGCACAAUAGAUUUUGAAGCAAAACACACAGCCUAUAAAGUUUUGUAUGUGACUUUCAUCAUAGCAAUUCUUGCCGCUAACAUUGCUCUGUUGAUCAAGUUCCUUAGGAAAGGGAGAAUACUUCUGAGCCAGCGUAAAUUCCUAGUUAUGACCCUAGCCGGGGGUGACAUCUUCAUGGCUUUGUUCCCGUUAGUAGUCGCCGCACGCACAGUCUUUGAAGAGUACUUCUCUUUUAGCUGCAGUACAUUAUUCACCGCUGCGGUUUACUGGAAAUAUUAUCUCCCAUUUGUGUAUGGCCUUGGUCUGGUCUUCCUGUGUGCAGAACUUCGCUUCAGGCGCCAUCUUCGCUCUAUGAUCACAAGUCCGUAUGUCGCUUCCAUCUUAAUAGCGGCGGUGCUUUGGAUCUUUGGACUCAUCCUGAUUUUGCCUCUAGCUAUGGCUGGCUUUGACACACUACGGUGCAGUUUUGACAGCUCCAUGACAAUCGAACGACUGAGAGCCCUGAUUUUAUUCGGUAUGAUUCUUCCCCCCGUUUCUGCUGUCAUAUUCGCUAUCGCCAUCAACUGUAAGAAGAUCAAAGCAGUCCCCGAAUACUAUGACGUCCCCUCGGCACAAGGAACCGUCAUAUCGACUGCUGCAUUGCCAGAAUCUCAAGGCACCCUCCAACAACAGCAUUAUUUUGGACAGUUUCAAAGCCAGUACAACCAAGGGCUAGCUCCAUCGUCACAACCGUCCAGCCACUCUGUGCAGCCGAUCACCAACGUAAGUGGUCAGCUUCAGUCAGUGGCUUAUCCUGCAUAUCCUCCCAACUCCCAGAAAUCGUUUCCUCCUUCCCAAGCUGUGAUGCCCGCUUCAACAGGCUCACCUGAGUCUGCUUCAGACGAAGAGUAUUCCGAAAAGGCUGUGCGACAAGAACAAAGAGCCCUUCUGGCUGUUUCUAUUCUCAACGUGAUUCUGACACUGCCUCUGGCAAUAUUCACAAUACCCGCCGCCAGUUUUGCACUUGGAUACCAGGGGGCCAAGAUCCCAGACGGCCUUGACGCUCUGUCGGCGGAGGUCUUGGGUGAGCUGUUCCUGUGGAUGCUGUACCUCCGCUCUAUCCUGACGCCUCUUGUCUGGAUGUGGGGCGACCCGAAAGUUGCUUAAAGUAAAACUUCGAAUUACAGAUUUUACCAUACGGAUUGACUAUUUCAAUCUGGCGCUUUUUCUACCCAUAACCGUCUCUACCCAUCUUGUCAUCUUUCCAGGGAAGACAGUUAAGUAAUUAAGACCCAUUAAUUAAGACAAAAGCAAAAACACAAAGAAACAUAAAAGUUUAGAAAA